AUGUCCAUCGACCUCAACUGGGAAACGCUCACGACGGGGCCGGACGGGCAGGAGCUGGCGCACCGGAUACGCGACUUCAUCCACAGCAAGUUCCAGACAGUGCCGCUGCCGCGCUUCAUCAAGUCUGUGACGGUGCACGACUUUGAGUUUGGGUCCAUCGGGCCGGAGCUUGAGCUCAAGGACAUUACGGACCCACUGCCUGACUUUUACGAGGAGGACGGGGAGGACUGCAGCGACGACGAGGAUGGCGACGGAAACAGCGACGAGAGCGACGAGAGCGACGACUAUGGGCCACAGUUUAGCGACGACGAACGGCGGCGACGGCGACGGCGGCGCGACAACGGCCCAGACAGCCGGCAGCCGCGACGCGCCGACGACGGCCGUGGCAAAGGCAUGCGGCACCACCAUGGCCACCGUCAUCAUCAGCAUCGCCACGAAUUGAGCGGCAGCUCGCACCAGACGAUCACGGGACUGGGCGGCGCAGCCACACCGGCGACGGCGGGAGCGACCGGCACGCGCGGUGGCGUGCCCGGCGGCACAUCCAACCUGCUGCACCACUUUCAUAGUCACCUGACCCCGGCCGGGUGGUCGGGGACGCAAACGCCGCUGGCCGCCAUGGCAGGCGCGCAUCUGGGCAGCAGCGGGCCGCAGGGCGGCCCGGGCGGCAGCGGCUACUUUUACCAGGACCACCACUACGCCUACACCGACAGCAGCAUUCGUCAAGACGACGCGACACCACCACCGAGCCACAGCCGCAACCCGUCGCACAGCAGCUCCAUCUCGGUGGGCGACUACUACCGCGACAACCUGCGACUCACGCCUAGCGGCGGCGGCGGCAUGGCCUCGUCGCCGCCGUCCAAUCUGCCGUCGCUGAUGCAGCAUCCGGCGCUGCGCGAGAAGCACAGCGUCUCGACGCUGGCGCCGACGUCGGCCGGCGGUGCAUCACGGCCUGCGACACGCGAUGGCAUGCAGCAGACGCAGCAGCAGCAGCAGGCACCACAUGUGCUGCAGAUGCUAGGCGGCUCGGCGAUUGACGACCACGAUGACAGCAGCGAAGGCGACAACGAGAUGGACAGGACGCUGCUGCUGGGACAGGCGACGGGUGGUCCUGGUGUCGGCGGGGCUCCAGGACCGUCUCCGUCGCCACGGUUUCGGCGAGAGCCUCGUGCCGAGGACAUGCAGGCCGUGUUCCGCAUCCGCUACGCGGGCGAUGUCAAGCUGUUGCUGACGGCCGACAUCCUGCUCGACUACCCGAUGCCGAGCUUUGUGGGCAUCCCCGUGCGGCUCAGCAUCACCGGUCUGACCUUUGACGGCGUCGGCGUGCUCGCCAACAUCCGCAAGCGCGUGCACUUUUGCUUCCUGAGCCCCGAGGACGCGCUGGCGGCUGUCGGCGACGACGAGGCCGAGGAGGGCGAUGAGGACGGAGACAAGGACGACGGCCACGAAGGGAGAGACGAGGGCGACGUUGAGCGGCCUGCGCCCGCUACGCCGGGCCGACGACCGACGACCGCCGCCGCAGCUGCAGCAUCGCCGGCGCCGUCCCACGGCCUGCCGCGCACGAAACUGGGCGGCCUGUUGCAAGAAGUGCGCGUCGAGAGCGAGAUUGGGCAGCGCGAGAGCGGCAAGCAGAGCCUUAAAAACGUCGGCAAGGUCGAGCGCUUCGUGCUGGAGCAGGUGCGGCGCAUCUUUGAAGAGGAGUUUGUGUAUCCCAGUUUCUGGACAUUUCUUGUUUGA